ACAAAAGGUGCAGCCUCCCGGCCGGAGGGGCGGACGCCAGGCCUCCCGGCUCGGGCCGCGCCUCCCCGCGGGCCAGCCAAAGAGCUCGGCGUCCUGCAGGCACCCGAGGCCCGGGCGGAAGAAGAUGCACCGGGCGUUCCACCCCAGCGACCCCGGCACGCCAGUCCGCAGCUCGAAACCUCGACCUUGAAGAUGGUGAGUAGCCAGCCAAAGUACGAUCUAAUACGGGAGGUAGGCCGAGGUAGUUACGGUGUUGUGUAUGAAGCAGUCAUCAGAAAGACCUCUGCAAGGGUGGCAGUGAAGAAAAUUCGAUGCCACGCACCUGAAAAUGUUGAACUAGCCCUUCGUGAGUUCUGGGCACUAAGCAGUAUCAAGAGCCAACAUCCAAAUGUGAUUCACUUGGAGGAAUGCAUCCUACAAAAAGAUGGGAUGGUGCAAAAGAUGUCCCACGGCUCUAAUUCUUCCCUUUAUUUACAGGUAUGUGUUACUGAAUGGAAAAUAGAAGUGAUUUGGCUGGCAUUGGUCAGCAAGAAGGAAUGAAUGGGUCAGAUGAACUGGUCUUUUUAAAUUCAGGUGUUUGUAGUAGAUAGGGGUCUGCCAAGAAUUGAGUAGAUGUUUGCUUUAAAACAAGGUUUUAUUUAAACCUGUGAUGCACAUACCUAAAAAUAACAUAAGCCACCUGUUACGCAGUGGUACUUGCCAGUCUGCCUAGGAAUAGGGCAAGAUAGGAGCUAGAGA